AUGGGAGAUCCAGCCUCCGUCACGGACCUCAAUGACGUCAAGCUCCAGGCGGUCUUUGCCAGCAUUCCGGAAGCCUUCAAACUGCAUGGUAUUUGGCAGCCUGAUGACGAGGCUUCCGACGACGACUCCUUUGAUGACGAGUGCAUGUUUUCCGGAACAGACUCCGAUGAUUAUGAUGAGGAGGAUGAGAAUGGAAGUGACGGCAACAAUGGACAGAGUGAUGGCGAGGGUGGCGAUGAAGCUGACAAACCUAAGCGUGAGGCGAACGAAGAUGACAACAUGGAAGAAGUGAACAAACUUGACGUCUCCGAGGCUGGUGAUAACGAAGACGGCAACAUGGAAGAAGGGGACGGAGUUGACGUCUCUGAGCCUGAGGAGAACGAGGAUGGCAACAAUGAAGAAGGGGAUGGAAUUAGAAUGACUGAGGCUGAUGAGAAUGAAGACGGCAACGAUGAAGCGGACGAAAUUGAUAUCCCCGAGGCCGAGCAGAACGAAAAUGGCGAAAACGCGCAAGGUGAUGCCACAGACAACCAAGACCAAGACAAUCUCUCAAUCCCCCUAUUCACGGUGGGGUUCAACCAUAGCUUGCUGCGUGAAACCGAACUGAACGACCAAGACCCCGAUAACUGUCCGAAUGGCAUUGUGCGCCCUGAUAUGUGGGCGGCUCGCCCGAGACUACACCUCGAGGGACAGGGAAUGGGGUUCCUCUCGCAACUGGCUCAGUUGUGUGUCCGUUCUAGACUGGCACAUUGCAGGACGCCCAAAUGCAUGGAAACAAGAGACGCUAUGGCCAAGUGGGCCCCAUGUUGCAACUGGGUCAACUUUCGAGAAUGGGCUCUGGUAGCCAUGUCAUGCCAGGCCGCGAUGGAUGAUCAUCAAACCCGAUCACGAGCCCAUACGCAUUUGGCGAGAUCCGCUACGGGCUGCUUCAGCAUUCUCAAAAGGUUCCGGGAUAAGAACCGAUACAUCCUGCCGUUCUUGGACGGCGAAGAUGGAGACCAAUCUUGCACCAUUGAGCUAUCGGAGGUGUUCAACCUCAUAUAUUGGAUGGCCGGGAUUCAAUCUCAACUGGGCACUGGUUCCGCCGAUUUUUCCAGGUGGGACCAUGAUUUCCUUCCCAUUCGAUACACCGUUCGAACGGUACAAGCAGCGGCUAAAGAGCUUGGUGACAUGGAUCUCUGCAAGAACCGUGUGUGGAACCUUGUCAACGUUAGCGAUCGAAAACACGGGGAUCUUCCGGAUAUUGUCACCGCAAUUGCCCGUCACGGAGAGUCUCUCUCCCACGCAGGCCAUCAGAAAUGCACGCCAAGUAAGUGCCAGGGGGCUCAGAUGGAUAGCACCAAGGUCGGCCAGCUGCACAAGUGCACCGAGCCGGUCAAUUGCGCCCAAACCCUGUUCCCCGUAGAGCUACUCCUGACCAACCUGGAGCUGGGGAAAAGAACCGCAUGGCUGUGUGAGACGCGCCGUUUGUGUUCCAGUAGCGACUCUUACAUUGCCCUGUCGCAUGUUUGGUCGGAUGGAACCGGGGUGGGUGUGCAGGACGCCGGGUCUGUCAACUCUUGCCUCUUCAACUUCUUCGCCGACAUUGCAGCUCAGCUGGGGUGCAAGGGCAUUUGGUGGGAUACCCUAUCGAUUCCAUAUGAGCCCAAGGCCCGGAGCAAGGCCUUGAGCGUCAUGCACGGCAACUAUGCCAACGCAAGCCACACUGUCGUGCACGACCGGUUCCUGCUGAACUUUCCGUGGAGCGAGGAUGGAGGACCGUGCCUGGCGUUGGUUCUUUCCACUUGGUUCACACGAGGAUGGACCGCACUUGAGUUGGCCAUGUCAAAAAGCGUCAAAGUUUUGUUCAAGGACCCGGGGAGUGGGAAGCCCGUUAUCAAGGAUCUGGAUGAACAUAUUCUGGCGCGCAGUCCGCGUGCGGCCUCCCGAGCACACUGGUUGGCAACCUCCAUGAUCGAACGACUUCGAAGGCCGAUUGAUAACAUUGGGGAUCUGGUCACCAUUCUCGCGCCUCGCAGCACCUCGUGGGUGCGCGACCGCACCAUCAUUGCCAGUCUACUGGCUGGGGUUCCUGACCCUGACCUCUCCAAAGGUGAGAGUGAGAUGACCCGAGACAUCCUGCGAUAUCUGGGCAAGAUUCCUUAUGCCAGUCUUCUUCAUGGCAAGUCCACGAUGUAUGAUAACGGUGGCUAUUCUUGGAGUCCCGCAACCCUCGACGAUUUGCCGGUGGAGGCCCACGGCGAUUGCCGGUCCACCGAUGACACCAUCCAGACAACCAUGCUGGAGAUUGAUGACGCGGGUGCCGUUUGGGGGCUGUGGUCUUUUCGUGAGGUGGUCGAAUCGGACAUUGUGGAAGGGAAUAUUGAGCCUUAUGGAGAUGACCUUGCGGCAACGCUGCGAGUCCAGAUGGCCUUGGAAGAGUGGGAUAAGCACAUCCUCCUUCUCCCAUCGCUGUCAGGCAGCAGUGCCAAAGCUCUCCUGGUCGUCCCAUUGGCCAUAUUGAAAGAUGGCCCCACGAUCAAGUGCCGGUACGUUGGCUCCGUUCUUGUGAAACACAAUGAGGAUACGCGCGGCCUUUGGACCGUUCAAAACAUCCAGUUGGGUGGUCAAGAUAAGCAAAGCCAAUCUUUGCGAGCUGGGGAGGUUUGGAACUACCUGUCCUCGAUAGAUGAGAACACCGUCUUCCAAAAUGACGAGAUGGUAGUCAAGGACGCUCCGGAGGAGCCUCCGACUCCUAAUGAGACGCCUAUGACCCCGGAACCACUUGGCGAGUGGCUCAAUGGCAAUACUGAAGACCCGUCCGUUUGGCUGGCAAAUUCCGGGGUUGCACAAGCCUCGUAUGCUGCUGCAGACCUGAGCCCCGAGGCCCUUGUACAGGCCUUGGAAGUGAACAACAGAAGUGCUACCCGAGUGCUGAUCAAGAACAACAUCUUGAUUGACCCAGCUGAUGUCAAGUUUCCGUUGGAUCAAAACACCACGAAUGCCCAAAAGCGCAAGGACGAGAAACUGGCCCGUGGCCUUACCCUCCUGGGAGAUGUUUACGCAGAAAGAAGUUUACUGGACAGAGCCAUUAAAACCUAUACAUUCAUUCUGAAAGGGCCGUGGGCGCAGAGGAUAGCCAACCAGAAGAACCAGAAUAACCUCGCAUUCCUGGAUAUCCAACUUGCCUGGGGGCAGGCUGUAAUGGCCCUGCAGCACAGCCUGUCGAGCAACGAGGUCGCCAAUUACAGUCAGAGCGUCCAGAGCGCCGAGAAUAUCUUCAAGAAUAUAUUGAAGGCUUGCGAGGAAAAUGGCAACUACCGGGCAGUGGAGGUGAAGAAAAAAGGCCGAGAACCAACGCGUGGGCCAUCAACAUCGAAUGCGACGGCGGACAGAUCCAGCGAGAAGGUAAAUGCGCCCUCUGAUGCUUCGAGCCAGGAUCGACGGGGGGACGAACGGAAGGCCAUCCAAUGGCUUCAACUGGAGCUCAAUGCCAUCUCUGAGAUGGUCGCGUUGGCGGCUAGCCGCUACGACUUUGCGACAGCCACUAAACAGUUACGACGAGCUAUGGCCCACUUUGGGAAGCCGGUCGAGGUGUUUGAGGCCUUCAAACCACGAUGGCCGGAGCGAAGAACCCAGGAUACAGCCUCGAAGAAAGAGCGGGACGAAGCCGUUGCGGCGGUCUACCAGCGCGCUUUGAGAAGACUGACCUCCAUUCUGAAGAAACAUCACCCUCUUCUUCUCGUGAUCCGGUUACAGCUAGGAGUGAACUAUACUCUUCAGUCCAAAUUUAAGCAAGCCGAGACGCAACUCAAUCAGGUCUUGUCAGGCCUCACGAGUCAUGACCAACCCUCCAUCCAAAACUCCAACACGCACGACUCUUUCGCGGCCUUCAAAGACCAUCACGUCCUCGUGGCGUUGACACGAUACCAUCUUGGCAAGGCGUACUUAGAGCAGGAUCGGUUCGACCACGCCCGGGAUCAUUUCACCGAGGCUUUAAAUGUGACCCCGUUCGGGAGGCCGGAAUGUAACGAGUUGCACUAUACCAUUGCUCUUGCUUUAUGCCGAAGCCACAUCGAGCGAGACGAUAAAGAUAUUGGCGAAGCCGUCAACCUCGCCCUCUCGGUCAUCGAAACGUACCAGACGGAGGAGGCCGAAUUGGGUCUCGAUUGGCGCCUCGUCGUGGAGGCACACUGGAGCAUCGCUCGGGCUCUCCAUGCGGCUGGCGGCUCAGAAAACACGAACAAUGCCAUCAGCAUUUGCGAGUAUACUCUGAAGUUGGCUCAGGAGCAGCAAUUCUUCGAUGAACAAGGCGACCUGGAUGAAACGGAUCUGUUAUCAUUAUAUGCGUCCCUCCACGAGGAUGCCAAGCUGUAUGAGAAAGCCGAGGACCUGAGACAGACGGUCUCAGGGAUUGUUUCGCGCCUGGAAGGAUGCUCCAGCCUUCCACACCUCAAGUCCCAAUUUACCCUCGCCAAGACCCGGCAGAUGGCUGGCGAUGCCCUGAAGGCGACCGGCAAUCGAGAUGAGGCGGAGAACAAAUUUGCUCAGUCCAUUGAAGGCUUUGAGGCGGCACUAAAGGGAUUCCAAGAGGUGCUAGGAGGCUAUGCGACCCGGACGUUGCGGACGUGUCAGGCCCUGGGCGGGCUCCAUCUUGCUCUGGGAAAGAUGGAGAAGGCCCGAGAGUACUAUGCCCGAGCAUACCAAGGAUAUCAGAAGCGAUACGGAACGGCCAAACGCGUGACGGCAAUGGCAGCGUAUGAUCUUGGGACGGCCUACUACCAGAGCUGCAAAUUUACCGAUGCGAAAACCAUGUUUCUGACGGCAUACAAAGGAUACAUGGAGGACUUCAAGAGAAAGAAAAAGUUUCACAAGGCGAUCACAACGGCAACGAUUGAUCUAGCUGAGACCUGUGCAGCUCUGGGAGGCCCCGACUACGAGGGGCAGGCCGAAAGGUACUACAACCAAGCGUUAGAAGACCUUCAAAAGUACGGCGCCGAGAAGGCUGGACAGGAUAUUCUUCGGGUGGAACUCAAGAAGGGCAACUUAUACCGACAGCAGAAGCGGUUCGAGGACGCAACGUUGUUAAUUGAGAAGGCUUACAACCAUUUCUGUCCACGAGACUCGGGGCAAGAGGAUGCAGUCGACCCGGUUGACAACACCCCAGGACCUUCAGAUUCGGUGGUACGGUGGGAAGCCAUGUUGCGAUUGGCAGAGCUGCUAUUGGAUUGCCAGCAGGCGGAUUUCAAAUGCCACGAAGACGACCAAAACCCCGAAGACCUGGUUCAGGUGGCGAAAGCUGGCUUGGAAGAGACUGUCGGCGGCAGCCAUCUGUUUACACUUCAAGCCGCUGUUCUUCUAGGUGAGAUUUGCUUGCAGGAUGAUUGUCCUGGGGGCUGUCCAGGGGAGACAGAACUUGAACAGGCUGUGAAACUAUGUAGAGACGUUCUCCCACCUGGAAGUCCGAUGACAAUCAAGGCCAUGGAUUGUCUGAUCACCCACUGGACCAAAAACACGCACCAAACUGGGGAGGCGGACGCGAUGACCAAGGUCAAGUGGCAGGCCCUCAAGGACGGAUACGGCAUUGAUACGGCCGUGGCCAUUAUGAAAAUGACCGAUCCCAAACGCGAGAACCUCAUGUGGAACCUCGAGGCUCCUGAAGACGACGAUGAUUUCGUCGAAGAAGAUAUCCUCGAGGGAGGCAUUGGUGAGAACAACGAAGGCGAUAUAGACUCCUCGUCCGACGACGGCGACCUCGACUCAUUGUCGAGCGACGAGGAGCUGGAUUUCUGGGGCCAAGAGGAAGAAGAACAACCCCGGGGAUUCGGGCAACCGUACAUCAUGCCCCAACAAUAUUCGACCAUGGUAGAUGGCGCAGAGGCGGUGAUGGUGCAGCCCGAUGGGAGCCAAUUCCAGUACCAACCGCAGACUCAGUACUAUGUGGCCCAGCCUCAGUUCAUCCCGGAUCCUCCGCCCAUGCAGGAUAGCAUUGCAUCGAUUCUUCAGACUACGGCGGAAAUCCCCUUUCAUCUUCUCCAAGGGUUCAUCACCGGGGUUACUGCGCCUCUUCAGUGAGUAUAUAUUUGGAUGGUACCAUGAGGCUGAUGGUGUUGGUGUAGUUAGAUUGUUAGACUUACCUUGUUGGGAAAAGGAAGCAUCGCAG